GGAUACUCAGUCUCGAACUAGGUGCCGAACGGAACAGUUGCAGCUCAGUCGAAUCAACACACACUUUCAACAUGCCGAUCACAUUGUACUAUGCCCCGAUGAGCCCUCCGGCUCGGGCCGUGCUUCUGCUGAUUAAGGAAUUGGGACUGGCGGGAAUUAAGUUGAAGGAGGUGGACACCAUGGGCGGUGGUACCAGGACCGAGGAGUUCCUCAAGAUGAACCCAGAGCACACGAUUCCAACGCUGGACGACAAUGGCUUCUACCUUUGGGAAUCCCGUGCCAUUUUGACCUAUCUGGUGGAUGCCUACCGUCCGGGACAUGAGCUCUAUCCGAACAUUCCCAGAGAGAAAGCACUCAUCAACCGUGUGCUGCACCACGAACUGUCGUCAUUCAACCCGAAAACACUCGGUCAGAUGAUUCCAUUCUUCCGACGUCAGACAUCGGUGGUGACCGAUGAGAUGAAGGCCAAGAUAAACGAGGCAUUUAGCAAUUUGGAACUGUUCCUGAUCCGAAACGAUUGGUUCGCCGGGGAGAAGGUCACCAUAGCGGAUCUCUGUAUUUUGCCGACCAUAGCCUCGAUGGCGCAUGCCGGAUUUGAUCUAUCGCCGUACCCUCGACUGGCCGCCUGGUAUGAUAACUGCAAGGUGCUUAAGGGCUAUCAGGAUGACGAAGCAGCUGCACAGCAGGUUGGAGGCUUUUUCAGAUCGCUCGUGACCGAGGGACUGUAGAGAUUGUGUGAGAUAAGAUAAUCACCGAAUGCCGCACACACGUAUUUUGGAGUUAUGAACGAACGCUCACGCGCGAUUUAAAUGUAAACAGUACAAUUGAACCGAUAUUACACACUUAUCAGACCGACGAUGAAUUACUGAUAAACGAA